AUCAAUCUAAGUUCAGCUUCAUGGGAAUCAAAACAAGCAAAGCAGUAGUAACUGCUUGUGAGGACCUUAUCUUUCCCCGGGGGAGUCAAACACAGGCACUUGAAACUCCUGGAGAACAAGGAGUUCUUGUUCUCCAAGCAAGCAUGGCCUUGGGUGCAGCUGACCCUCAGUGCGCAGGUGAGGGGAGUCCCUGCGGACUGCAGUGACCAGGUGGAGUUUACCGGUGAUCACAUUGCAAGUCCAAGGGCAUGGUGAUUGGCUCAGGAAUGACUUAACUCACAUGACGUGUGUCCCGCUCAGGACUCAGGUUCAGCACCACGAACAGUUACAUGAGGCCCCAGAACACAGACGCACCCGAGUGCGUGGCAGGGAGGACAAGAGAAGACAGGAAACAAGGGAGCCAGAGUCCACAGAGAGGCCAAGACAGACUCCAGAAUGGAAGCUGCAGUUUGUCCAGGAGAUGGGGCUCUUCCGGACCCAAGAAUCAAACCUGUGUCUCCUGCAUUGCACGUGGACUCUUUACCAUCUGAGGCACCAGGGAAGCCAUGAAGGGAAGAAAGACAUAACGUGGGGAAAGAAGGACAAAUCGAACUUCCAAGAAAAGCUGGAAUCUGCAAGGAUGGACCAGCUGGAAUCUGUGCCUAUUCUCACCACCUUCAGGCAUGAAGAAACAGGGAACCCACAACCAAGGUGGUUACUCUCACUAUGGGGUAAAAAGUUACCAGACCCAGUCGCUGGAGGGGCUGAGGGAGGGCCCAGAGGAAGGUGCCCGGCAUCAAAGAGAGGUAGGGGAGAGAACCAGAGGAAAAGCCAGAUGACUGCUGAGCCCAGCUUUCCUUUUGCCACCGAAUUAAUCCAUAGACUCUUCCAUGAAAAACUAUGCUUCCAGUGGGUCAUCAUUCGUAUUGAAUAUUAUUUACCAGGGCCCAUGUAAGUGGUGAACCACGGAUCAAAGGCCUGAUUCCAAAUCUGCCUUCAUAAGCAACUUGCUGUGAACUCGAGCAUCUAAUUCUGCCUCUGUUCCAAGUGUUAAUGGUGCUUGCCAGGCCAUUUUGCUGGGUUCUGUUUUUGACUCUGCGUCCUGAGACUUGACCUGAGGAAAAUUAACCCAUCUUUUUAUUUCUCAGUUACUUCAGAAUGACAAGCCAUUAAUGUAGGAGCUGUACCCCUUAAAAGUAGGAGUAGACCCUGGGCCCAUCUAGAUUGCUUCCAGAAAUGUGUCCAGUCUGUAGGACAGGUCACCAGAGCCCUUCCUUGGCACCAGCCUCUCCCAGCUGGGGAAGUGAUGCCUUCACUUGGGAGCUCAUUGCAAAGAGGAUUAGUCUUCCCUCUUUUAGAAGCUUCCUGUGUAUGGGAAGUGAACAGCUCCCAUCCACAUCCUCCCUCCUCCUUGGCAGGCUGCUGUCUCCUGCCAUUGUGAGGUCCCAGGAGCCUGUGACAUUAUCUGCUGUCUCCCAGGAGAGACUCCGGACUACAGUUGUGAGCCCUGAGAUUGAUGAACGUGCAGGGAGGGCUCCUGUGCCAGACACGGGGGCCACUGAGCUAGGAUGAUGGGCUGUGCUGGACCGGUGUUGCAGGGCGGGGUUAGCCAGGGCCUGGACUGGGGGGAUUUUUCCCAGGGUCUGAGCACCCUGGGAGAGAAGCCCAGCACAGGGAGACCCGGUAGCUAUCCUUAGGAGUGAGGAGCUGUCAUUGGUAUGUCUGCAUUCUUCAGCAGUGUGGACUCCAGAGUCUUAGAAAUUCCCCUGGCAGCUGAACAUCCCACUGGCCACAAUUAACCUGCUCAAGACUAGGUCAGCAACUUUGCAGGGAAUGUUUGCUGAUGGCAUUCUACUGGGUGUACUGGUACUACUGACUCUGGUCCCCAGAAAGCCUGGCAUGUCUCUAGUGGCAGAAGAAAGCUAGGAGCAAAUUCUGCCAGCAUCACCGUAUCCUUAGGCUGAAUGUGACAUUUAGAGGUCACCUGGUCCAGCCAUUUGCCUGCAGGCAUACCUGGACAUAAACCAGCCGAGACAGAUGAGAAUCUGUUCUCUCUCCCUGCCUUCAAAAACCUUCACACACAGAAGGACAUUUCAUGUAUAGCCUUAGUAUCUAAUAUUCCUCAACCCUGAGACAGUUGUUUCUGAGCACUCAUCUGUAUUCCACUUGCUCCCAAAUGAUUCUCUCUUUGAUUUAUAUCUCGAUAGAGAUGGAAGGAAGAACCCUUUGCAUGUUGUAUGCAGUAGGCGUUGGAGCUUGCUCAUGCAGACAUCUCCAGAAUUCACUGUGCUGCUUCUAACUCUGCGUUCAGUGACAUCACUUUGGUAGCUUGAAAUCAGCCAUGGUGGACUCCUCAGAUGACUUAGUGGGAAACAAUCUGCCUGCCAAUGCAGGAGA